CUGGCAGCUAGGACCAUCAGAGGAUCAUCAGAAGACCAGAUCUAACGUCAUCAUGGUGAAGAUUGGCAUCAACGGAUUUGGGCGUAUAGGGCGCCUGGUGACGCGGGCAGCCGCCACAGGAGGCAAAGUGGAGGUGGUGGCCAUCAAUGACCCCUUCAUCGACCUGGACUACAUGGUGUACAUGUUCAAGUAUGACUCCACGCACGGCGUCUGGAAGCACGGCGAGGUGAAGGCGGAGGGUGGCCAGCUAGUGAUCGGCAGCAUGCACAUCAUGGUCUUCCACGACAGGGACCCCGCAAACAUCAAGUGGAGCGGCGCUGGUGUGGACUAUGUGGUAGAGUCCACCGGCGUCUUCACCACCAUCGAGAAGGCCUCGGCUCACUUGAAGGGCGGGGCCAAAAGGGUGGUGAUCUCCGCCCCCAGCGCCGACGCUCCUAUGUUCGUCAUGGGCGUCAAUCACGAGAAGUACGACAACUCCAUGCAGGUGGUCAGCAACGCUUCAUGUACCACCAACUGCCUGGCGCCGCUCGCCAAGGUCAUCAACGACAACUUUGUCAUCGUUGAGGGUCUCAUGAGCACCGUGCACGCCAUCACCGCCACGCAGAAGACAGUGGACGGUCCCUCCGGAAAGCUGUGGCGAGACGGCCGCGGCGCCUCCCAGAACAUCAUCCCCGCUUCCACCGGCGCCGCCAAAGCCGUGGGGAAGGUGGUCCCCGAGCUGAAUGGGAAGUUGACUGGCAUGGCUUUCCGUGUCCCCACCCCCAACGUGUCCGUCGUCGACCUGACCGUGCGCCUGGAGAAGCCGGCCAAGUAUGAAGACAUCAAGAAGGUGGUCAAGGCCGCCGCAGACGGUCCCAUGAAGGGAAUUCUGGGAUACACAGAGGACCAGGUGGUGUCCACAGACUUCAACAGCGACCCACACUCCUCCAUCUUUGACGCCGGCGCCAGCAUCGCCCUCAACGACAACUUUGUCAAGCUGGUGUCCUGGUACGACAACGAGUUCGGCUACAGCAACCGCGUGUGUGACCUGGUUCUACACAUGUUCACCAAGGAGUGACGACGUGAUUCCGCCACCUCAUGAUGUCACCGAUAGCUGUAUCCUAGCAACCGCUUGCUGUCAAACUAUUGCCACUUUAUUAAGUACACAAUAUUAGUAUGCUGACUAUUGUCUUAUUUAAAUCAGCAGUUAUUGAUAAAUAUAUUGAUUAAUGUCCACUUGUUUGUUGUAGAGUUUGAGUUUAUUUCGAACACGCAUGCAUGUUUACUUUCAUCGUAUCUUAAGUAGCAUUUAUUAAUA